CAACAAAAUGGAGUAUGAAUCGGAAACGCAUGAGGCAAGAACCACCAAUAGUUCAUAUGAAGACGCUGCAGCGUACAUCACGCAGUACCUGGAUGCCCCUGUGAAGAAGAAGAAUCCUGGUGCGAAGCUCCUGCUUCUGCAGGCUCUUGUUGUCGAAUUCGGUAUUUCCAAACAGCCGCCCGCCAGCAUAUCAUCAGCAACAAAACUUCUGAAGGCCUCGGUACAUGUGAAUGUCAACGAUUAUGUAGCGAAGCGGGGAAAAGAUCAAAGCGAAUUGCAACAGAUCAUGCAACCCAGCAAGAAAGCCCUACGUAAGGAUCUUCGGCGAAGUAGCCGUAGGAGCUCCCUGAAGUGGGUGAAGGAACAUGGACUAAACGCCCUCCUAAUCGGCUUCUCUCACUAAUUCGCGGAGAAGUACCCCUUCUUUCAUUCAUGCAUGGUAUCGCAUAAACCCAUAGUCUACAACGGUAAAUGCCAUCGUUCACUUGUUCCCACUGUACUCCAUGAUUUGAGUUCAACUCAAAGAAAAACAACAUGAAUUUUACAAUA